AUGUUCUGCGCGAGAUGCGUCCGCACCGUCACAGUACGCCAAAGGCUUCCUUUGGCUCGCCGAUUGAACACAUCAACGCAAUUGCGCUACGCUGAGCCGAAGCUGUCAACGCCCGUUACAGGGGCAGAUGCUACGCCUCCCGAAACACCUGCUGCUCGAUCAAUCUGCAUCGAAGGCACGACUCUCACGGGUUUAAACUACCUGAAAGGCGGCCAAGACCCCGUAGCCAAAAAGGAUGAAGAGUACCCCGAAUGGCUAUGGUCAUGCCUGGAUGUUUUGAAGAAAACAGACACGACGGAUGAGAACGCCGGCGACGAGUUUUCCAAGUCCAAGAAGCAACGAAAAAUAGCUGCCAAGCGUCAAAAGGCCGUCGAAGCCAAGUUGGCUGCCGAAGGAAAUCUCGAGGCAUUAGCCCCGAAAAUCCCUCUUCAGCACCAGUCCAUCAACCUACCUGGUAAGGAGGGAGGAAGUGUGGAGGACAAUAUCCUCGCCGCGGAGAAACGACUCGAACUGAAGAAGGCCAUGCGCAAGGAAAGAAAAGCCAAGAUUAAGGAAGCCAACUACCUCAAGUCCAUGUAA